CUAUGUGCAACCAGUGCUGCGGAGGAGAGCUCGCCAUCAACAAGCAAUGAUGAUCAGGUCCUUGCAGAAGUCACGCGGCGCAUAAGGGACCUGGGACGUGCUGGGCAGCUGAAGUCGGCGAUGCGGGCGCUUGCAGCAAUGGCUGACUCAGGGGUGCAGCCUGACACAAGGGCGGCCACUGCACUGCUGGAUGCGUGUGUCAGGAACAACAAGCUAUCCGUGGCAGAGUCAGUGUUUGAGGACUUGUUUGGUGAGUUUGUUGAACCGGACGACGUCACAUUCUGUGUCAUGAUUCGUGGCUUUGGAGAAUGCAACCCUCCACAGUGGGCAGCGAUCAAGGGAGCGCUGUAUUCGAUGAAAGAAGACUUUGGCAUCAGACCCACCACUCGCGUCUACAACACCAUCCUGGAAGUCUGCACGAGGCAAGGCGACCUGGAGAUGGCCGAGAGCUUCGUGGAGCGGAUGCGCAUGGAGCGCGUGCAGCCGGACGCCCACACGCUGAAGACUGUGCAGAACAAGCGGUCCAUGCGAGCGCUGCUCAGGCGCCUGAAAGACGUUGGGCCCGAUGACGUGGAUGACGCUGACAUCCGGCAAUGA